AAAUUCCAAUAACGCCGCGCCGAUAUGCACCCAAUUUACAUGGCAGGAGAUCAUCAUGGCGAUCGUCUUUGAGAAUGUGCGUUUGAGUUCAUUGUCAGAUCAAGGCGACAUUGCACAACAAACUCAAAAUGUGCUCAAACUUCAAGUGUCUACACAAGAUGCCAAACCAAUAUUUUCAUUAUAUAAUGGUAACCAACAAGUCUUAACCUUUGACCUCGGCACGGAAAAUAGUUCAACAAUAUGCCGGGCAACCAAACUAGCAUACAUGGUGAAUAUCAAAGGAAAUGGAAUCCUCCUACACUUCACAUCAGAGUUUGAGGUGACUAGAUUUGAGAAGAUUCUUGAUGGUGCUAAGUAUAAUCAAAAGCAAGCAGAUAAGAAAUCAUUGUUUUCACAACGAACAGAUGAAGCCUCGGCAGUGCAGUAUUUUCAGUUCUAUGGAUAUUUAUCCCAACAACAAAACAUGAUGCAGGAUUACAUUAGGACGUCGACAUACCAGAAAGCAAUGUUAACCAACCAUGAAGACUUCAAAGACAAGGUUGUACUGGAUGUCGGCGCUGGAUCAGGAAUCUUAUCAUUCUUUGCCAUUCAAGCCGGAGCACGUAAAGUCUAUGCCAUUGAAGCCAGCUCAAUAGCAGAACAAGCAAAGCAACUCGUCAAAGCCAACAACCUUGCAAACCGCAUCACGGUGGUCCCGGGGAAGGUGGAGGAGGUGACGAUACCGGAGCAGGUGGAUCUGAUCGUCUCGGAACCCAUGGGAUACAUGCUCUUCAAUGAGAGGAUGUUAGAAAGCUUCCUUCAUGCCAAGAAGUGGCUGAAACCUGGUGGUAAGAUGUUCCCUACCCAAGGAGAUGUCCACAUUGCUCCAUUCACAGACGAUGCUCUCUACAUGGAACAAUUCACAAAAGCAAACUUCUGGUAUCAACAGUCUUUUCAUGGUGUCGACCUUACUUGCCUCAGAGAAACCGCUCUUCAGGAGUUCCUCAGACAACCUAUAGUGGAUACAUUUGACAUCAAGAUCUGCCUAGCGAGGACUUACAAGUAUACCGUCGACUUCUUGACGACGAGUGAAAGUGACCUUCAUAGAAUUGAGAUACCCCUUCAAUUCAAGACGCAUCAAUCAGGAGCCGUCCAUGGCCUUGCUUUCUGGUUUGAUGUAGCCUUCCAUGGGUCAUUACAAUCUGUAUGGCUAUCCACAGCACCAACUGAGCCUCUCACUCACUGGUAUCAGGUUCGCUGCUUACUACGGUCACCUAUCUAUGUCACAAAAGGUCAAAGAUUAACAGGGAAGGUUAUACUCAUCGCCAAUGCAAGGCAAAGCUAUGACAUCGAUCUCGAGCUAGAAUCCCCUGGGUCGGAGGUCAAGUCGACCAACAGACUGGACCUGAAGAAUCCCCUCUUCCACUACACCGGCCAGCAGGUCCUGCAAGGAGGCACCCACACCAGCUCACCAUCGGAGAGCUACUGGAGCCAGCUGGGCAACGGAACGGCAAUGGAUGCCACCGGCUCGACGCUGGGCAACGGGUACAGCAACGGCCAGGGGCUGAGUACAGGUGUGGUUCAGUCGAUACCUAUUGGUAAGCAGGCUAACACCGACCCCAUCGCCCACAGUACCGUCUUACCGGGAGGACUCACCCAGAGGCAGUAUACCGUGGCCAUCCCUUCGUCCGUCGGCCAGGCGAUGUCUACUCUAUGCUUCACAAACAACCAAUCCAGCGGGCAAUACCAGCAGCAGCAGCAACAACAGGUGCAGCAAUCGCAGACGCAACAGCUUCAGCAAGGUCGGAUGGCGCACGGAUCGUCGAGUGGUCGGGGUCACAUGAUGAUGGAUCAGAUGGGAGGCAUGUAUGGAGGCGCCCAACAACAGAGGCAUAAUAAAUAUGGUACGCAAAUGAACUGAUGAUAGGGGGGGCGACUGGUAGAUUGAACUAAAUUGACAACAUCGUGGAGCAGUCGUAACUGUCCAGUGUUCAAAUUCUGUAAAAUCCUGUACUGGUUGUUCAG